UGAAGGUCAGCCUUUAAGUUGAGUUUUUAAAAAGGGAUUGAAAAAAAAACAAACAGAGUGUUAAAAUCAGCUUAGCAUGUCGUCGCCCGUGGUCACCAACCUGCACGGCAGCGGCAACGACCUGGCGAACUACAACUUCUCCGUGUCGUUCAACCAGAGCGACGCCACCGCCAGUCUCAACAACUUGAGCUCGCACGAACCGCCCUCGGCGACGGCCCUGCACAUAGGGGCCAUCGUCAUGCUCAUCGCCCUGCUCUGGGGGCUCUUCGGCAACAUCCUCACCUCGUUCGUCAUCCUCACCAACAGGGACCUGAAGAACACGACCAACGUCUUCAUCGUCAGCCUGUGCAUCAACGACAUCCUCAACCUCGGCAUCAACAACAUGAUUGUCCUCAUCUCGUACUUCAUGAUGGAGUGGACGAUGGGCCUGGCCAUCUGCGAGAUGGUCAUGCACUUCACCGUCCUCCUCAUGGGCUCCUCGCUCUGGCACACAGGCCUCAUCUCCAUCCACCGGCUCAUCGUCGUGUGCUUCAACAACUUCUACAAGAAAAUCUCGAAGAAGGCUUACACGAUCUUCGUCCUGUCGUUCGCCAGGAUCGUCCCCUUGCUCUUCAUGAUCACGCCGCACCUGGGCAGCAUGUCGCAGUUUCAGCCCAAGCUGAUCCGUUGUAUAGCCCGGAAGGAGUUCCUCCUGUACACCAUGCUGGUCAGCGUCACCCUCCAGAUGCUGCCCUCCAUCAUCCUCAUCGUCUGCUACAUCGCCAUAUUCGUCAAAGUGUUUCGCUCGUCCAGCGCCAUCCGGGCCACGCGGAAACGCGAGUGGUUGCGGCGGGAGAUACAGGUCACCAAGAUGUUCGGGAUGGUGUUCCUUCUCAUCAUCUUGGGCUACCUCCCGUACGGCAUCGUCCGCUUCAUAGACCGGAAACUGGAGCUGAGCGCCGAUUUUUACGUGGGGAUUUCCGUUGUGUAUGCGGUGGCGAACAGCUGUAACCCCAUAAUAUACGGUGUCAUGGACAGGAAGAUACGACGCUAUUGCUUCCGGGCGCUCGGUCUGGAGGAAACCUGCAUGAAAAGCGAUCAGCAGUUGAAGAAAAAAAUUAGCAUGAGGACUAAUGGU